UCCAGGGAUAAAUAAAAGGCUUGACAGAAACAGAGGGAGGGAGGGACUACAGAAAACCAAACACAGGAUGAGACAGUAAUACAGACGAGAGUAACAGAGAAAGAGGAACAAGAGAAAAAAAGUUUGGUUAGGACAGAGAGGUGAAGAGCAGGCGUACGGAGCUGUACAGUGAGAGAUUGGUGAGCGGGGCAUGAAUGACAAGAAGAGCGCAAGAGAGUGUGUGUGAGGAGGUCUUUCCUCCCUUGAAUUUAGUUUUACUACCAGUUUUGUAACUUUUUCCUGCACCAGUGACACAGGGUGAGUGGGUCCAGGCUUGACCAGAGGGACAGAUCUCAGGUGAAAUACACUUUGAAUCCAUUCCAAAAAAAGAGAAACUGUGUGUGUGUAAGUGUUGCGCAGUGUUUAAAAAAAUGACUAGAAGGUCUGCAUCUACUCAAAAAGAUGGAGGAGUCGCAGCAAAUGGACACAAAGUUUCCCAAAAUGGGACUCAGUCAGAUCCCAGUGGGAAACUGCUGGACAAAGAUGACAGGAAGGUGGGACUAGGGAAGAAAGUGACCCUGCUCCGAGGGGUCUCCAUCAUCAUCGGCACCAUCAUCGGAGCUGGGAUCUUCAUCGCUCCAAAGGGCAUCCUGAAGCACUCAGGCAGUGUAGGAAUGUCACUGAUAGUGUGGAUCGCCUGCGGUGUGCUGUCACUCUUUGGAGCCCUGUCCUAUGCUGAGCUGGGGACUUGUAUUAAGAAGUCUGGUGGACAUUAUACAUAUAUAAUGGAAGCCUUUGGACCUCAAAUGGCUUUCAUAAGGCUAUGGGCUGAUCUCAUUGCUAUAAGGCCUGCAGCAUUGGCAGUCAUCUCUCUGGCCUUUGGUCAGUACAUCCUGGAGCCUCUCUUCAUGCCUUGUGAUAUCCCCCCUAUGGCUGUCAAACUGGCCACCGCCAUUGGUAUAACUUCUGUUAUGUACCUGAACAGUAUGAGUGUGACGUGGACAGCCAGGAUUCAAAUCCUCCUCACCUUCAGCAAGUUGCUGGCCAUCGCCAUCAUCAUAGUGCCUGGAAUGUACCAGCUCUUAAAAGGAGAGACCAGGAACUUUGAGAAUGCCUUUGAACUAAACAAUGUGAAGCUGUCUGGUAUGCCACUGGCCUUCUACUCUGGGAUGUAUGCAUAUGCUGGGUGGUUCUAUUUGAACUUUGUGACAGAGGAGGUAGAUAACCCUGAACGGACUGUGCCAUUAGCUAUCUGUAUCUCCAUGGCGAUUGUGACUUUCUGCUAUGUGCUGACCAACGUGGCGUACUACACUGUGAUGUCAGCAGAGGAGCUCCUAGCCUCGGAGGCUGUCGCUGUGACUUUUGCAGAGAAGCUGAUGGGGAACUUCUCAAGAGUGGUGCCGGUGUUUGUGGCCUUGUCCUGCUAUGGCUCCAUGAAUGGCGGUCUCUUUGCCUUGUCAAGAAUGUUCUUCGUGGCAUCACGUGAAGGACAGCUCCCUGAAGUUUUGUCUAUGAUCCAUGUCCGCAGACACACUCCACUGGCUGCUGUUCUCAUACUGUACCCAAUGACCAUACUCCAGCUGUUUGUGGGAGACAUCUACAGCCUGUUGAACUUCAUGAGCUUCUUGCGGUGGCUGUUCAUCGGUGUGGUGGUGCUGGGUUUAAUCUACCUCCGAUAUACAAAACCUGACCUCCCCCGCCCAUUUAAGGUCCCGCUCUUCAUUCCAGUGGUGUUCUGCAUCACAUGUUUCUUCAUGGUCUUCUUGUCUUUGUACUCGGACCCAGUCAACACAGGGAUUGGAUUUGCCAUUUCCCUCACUGGCAUCCCCGCCUACUAUAUCUUCAUUUACUUCAACCGCAGACCAAAGUGGCUUCAGAUGGCUUUAGAUUCCUUCAACAGAACCUUGCAGAUCAUCCUUCAGGUCGUCCCUGCUGAGCAAUAACAGCACACAAACACUACAUCACCUCUUUGGUGCCUUCAAAUCGCACAUAUACACUGAGUUGAACUCUCCCAUUUAGUACAAAGAUUGACCGUUAUAAAUGUCUCUGCUGAAUGUGAGCUUAUAUAAUGUGUUUUUAUUAAAGGAUAAAAAUGUGGAAAGAAGUGAAAAUCA